AAUGUGUAUCACCUACUUUUUUGAGCAAGAAAGUUGCUCCACAUUUUUUAUUCAUUCAUAUUUUCUCGAUAUAUAUCACCUACUUUGAAACAAAAAGGUUGUUCCACUUUUUUUUUUGCUCAUAUUUUUUUUUAUAUUAUGAUGACUAAACGUAAAUCACCUAAUAAAUCGUCUGAUGAUAAUCAAAAAAUGGAAGUUGAAGGAGGAUCGAAAAGAAAACAAAUUACGAAAAAAAGAAGAGAUAUUGACAUUGAGAAAGCCAAUCAGUUGAUGAAAAAAAGCAAAAACUAUAGUAAUAAAGAAGCUGCUGAAUCUGCCGAUAAAAAAGUUAUAGUAGUAAAUGAAAAAAGAAGUAAUGAUGAUGAUGAUGAUGAUGAUGAUG